AUGAAGGCCUCCAUUCCCACACUCACUACCGCCCUCGUGGCCACAUGCGCCCUCUGGGCCCCAGCCCUCAGCGAUAUAACACAAGGCGUCACCCCGGAACUCUUCGCCCGCCUGGACCGCCUGGCCCUGCUGUCCAUGAACGUCUACACGGGGGCGUUGUGUGCACCGCCCUUCGGCCUCACCCGCGCCGGCUUCAUCAACGAGACGACCUACGACAUCCAGGGCCAGGUACUACGCGACGACGCCGCGCGCGAGGCCGUCGUCGUGUUCCGCGGCACCGCCAGCGACAAAAACUUCCAGGUCGACGUCAACAUCACGCUCGCACCGUUCGAGACCGCCGCCGCCAACUGCCCCGGCUGCCAGGUCCACGGAGGGUUUUACCUCGCCUGGACCGCGGCGCGGGAGCAGGUCCUGGGGCUGGUUCAGGGGGUGCUGAGUGCGUUCCCUGGGUAUGGUGUUGUUAUCACGGGGCAUAGUCUCGGCGGCUCUAUGGCCUCACUGGCUGCUACACAGUUUCAGCCGCUGUUCCCUAAUUUGACGGUAUAUACCUACGGUGAGCCUCGGACAGGUGAUGCGAUGUACGUCCAGGCAGUGGAGACCAACUUCCUCGCAUCGAGUCCUCUUACAACGAGGUACUUUCGCUCCACUCACGAAGACGACGGCGUCCCUAAUUUCCCGGGCGUGAGCGAUGGAUAUCAGUCCUCGACUCGCAACUCGUUCUGGCAGCGGGACCCCGUGGGCGCCAACAACACGUUUGUGUGUACGAGCACUAGCGACUUCCAGACACAGAGGCAGUGUGGUGAAGGGAGAAAUGGAUCCGGCAUCAACCAAGCGCAUCUAACGUACUUUGGGCACCCGCUUAACGUGAACGGCCCAUGUCCGCCGUAG